CUACGACGUCAACACAUUCGUCCGUGGCAGCGCAGCGGCGUCGCUGUUGUUAUCGUUGUAAUCAAUUCAGUCAUAGAAGAAAAAAAUACAAAAUUGAAGCAGAAAAUACGAACUAAAGGUGUUUUUGUUACGUUUGUAAUCAGCGCCAGACACUGCCAACAACAAAUGCAUUUGCUGUGACCCCCCAGCUGUUGGGAGCAGGACGCAGCGGACGCAACAAAAAGGCCAAAACAAAGGCAGUAGCAGCAGCAGCAGCAGCAGUAGGCGGAGGCAGAGGCAGAGACAGCAGCAGCGACAAACCGAAACGUCAUUGACGGGCAAUUAACGGAAAACGAAACGAAAACGGAAGGUGACGCCUGCGACGGUGGCAGAGGGAGAAGCACUGAGAUUAUAGGACUGCGCCUCCAUCCAUGCUGGUUAUCCUCGCCGAUCAGCUAACGCGUAUCAUGGAGAGCGUCUUUGAGGCGUAUCUGGGCCCGGACAGCGUCCUGGCCAGUGCCGUCGGCCAGGCGGUGGGCAGUGGCGAGCCAGAGGAUAUACCCAAACGGAACACAAACGUUUGGGUGCUCGGAAAGCGCUACAAUGCCAUACAGGAACUAGAAGUCAUCCGCAGGGAUAUACAGUCCCGACUGUGGUGUACCUAUCGUCAUGGUUUCAUGCCUCUGGGUGAGGUGCAGCUCACCACGGAUAAGGGUUGGGGCUGCAUGCUGCGCUGCGGACAGAUGGUACUCGCUCAGGCCCUCAUCGACCUGCAUUUGGGCCGCGACUGGUUCUGGACACCCGAGUGCCAGGAUGCCACCUACCUCAAGAUUGUUAGUCGCUUUGAAGAUGUGCGCAAGAGCUACUACUCCAUACAUCAGAUCGCCCUGACGGGUGAGUCCCAGAACAAGGCGGUGGGCGAGUGGCUGGGACCCAAUACAGUGGCACAGAUCCUCAAAAAACUGGUGCUAUUCGAUGACUGGUGUUCGCUGUUGAUCCAUGUGGCCAUGGACAGCACAGUGGUGCUCGAUGAUGUCUAUUCCCUCUGCCUGGAAGGAGAUGCCUGGAAGCCACUGCUACUCAUCAUACCCCUGCGGCUGGGCAUCAGCGACAUCAAUCCCAUUUACAUACCAGCCUUGAAACGCUGUCUCGAGCUGGACAGCAGCUGUGGCAUGAUUGGUGGCCGUCCAAAUCAGGCUCUGUACUUCCUUGGAUACGUUGAGGACGAAGUUCUGUACCUCGAUCCACACACCACACAACGGACGGGCGUGGUGGGCCAGAAGCUCAGCUCAGGGGAACAGGAACACGACGAGACCUACCAUCAGAAGCAUGCGGCACGCCUCAGCUUCUCCGCCAUGGAUCCCUCGCUGGCCGUCUGUUUUCUGUGCAAGACCAGUGACAGCUUUCAGCAGCUAAUCGGCAAACUGCGGCAGGAGGUGCUGGGCAUGUGCUCACCGGCGCUCUUCGAGAUAAGCCAAACACGCGCCGUUGAUUGGGACACGGCGGAGGAUAUUGAAUGGCCGACAAUGCCGGAUAUCGACUGGCCAGCUGGCACCUCAGACUCGGACUCGUUUGCCAUAGUGGAAGAGAGCGUAAGAGACGGCGACGCUGCCGGCACCAGCAACAGCAGCAGCAGCAAACCCAGUGAGAGCGCCGUCGUUUGAGAGAGAGAGAGAGCACCAGUUCGUUGGCUCUCCCACGCGACGCCUGCGCCAAACAGAACAAAAGCAACAACAAUGAGCGAAAGUGGAGCAGAGGCAGCGACAGCGGCAGCGAUAGCGACGGAGAGCAGAGCCCGGCGGAUGCUGCAAAUGCAAUAAAAUAAGGCUAGAUAGAGUGCAAGGUGUAUUCCUAUAAUGUGGGUGAGGCAAGGCCCAAUGAUUGCUCUUCUGAUAACUCAGGAGAGUGGCAGAGUCUCACACUAUAUAUAGGAAUAUAGCUUGGCGAAAGAGUAAACCGAUGGGAUGAGACUUAGCUAUUAAAAAUGUUUCCGAUUUGUACCAAUACGAUUCUUUUUCAUAAUGCUGCUUUAUUGUACGAGAUUGACUCCAUGGGAGACAACAGCAACAACAAAAACCACAACAACAACAACACAAAAAAAAAACAACACACACUGUUCAUGCUUUUUGAUGAUCAAUUAAACAUUUUUAUGCAACCGUUGUA